AUUAUGCACAGGACUUCAGCAGCGGAUGGGCUUCUUAUGCCCACGGGCUUAGAAAAAUCUUUUCUUUUUGAAAUAAGGAGGGUUCUUGAUAGAAUUGAAUGCCAGUGCCUUUACCAAAUAUGUCUCUAUGAACAUUUUUUUCCUUUGAUUUCUGUCUUUCUCUUGCUAUUCCAUAACUUGGGGGGUUUUGCUUUUCUUCUUCCCUGUGUUAGCCAUCUCUUUUCCUUUUCUGUUUCAGGAGUCUCCAGAAGGGCAGCUAUUUGUGGUGGUUCGAGGUUCAGAAAAGUGUUAUUUUGAGAAAGCUGCAGGAAAGGAUCCAAAGGAGAUGAAAUCAAGUCUUCACAAAAAGUUUCCAUCUGAGGUCUAGAAUUAAGCAAACAAAAAAAAACUUAAGUAUCAAAAUAAUCCCAUGAAUUUGGUGAGAUAUCAGCACCUUUUCACAUGUAAUUCUGGUUUCAAUCCAAGCCUGAAGAGUUCAUAGAGUAUUUUGGAGAGAUGGGAUGUUCUGCUUCAAGAUUGGAAGAUGAAGAAGCUGUCCAGAUCUGUAAGGAUAGAAGGAAUUUGAUUAAACAGGCCGUUGAGCAGCGAAUCCGCUUUGCUUCUGGGCACAUAGCUUACAUUCAGUCACUGAAGCGAGUCUCGUGUGCUCUUCGUAAUUAUGUUGAUGGAGAUGAAUAUCAUGACUUCUUCCCCGAUUCAUUCACAACUCCUCCUUUCACCCCUGUGAAAAGAUCGAGUCCAGAAAUCAUCAGCAUUUCAUUAAAAUCCUCUUCACUGACACAAAACCAGUCAGAGAAGAGCACCAUUCAUGUGGCAAAAUACUUGAGAUCAGGUGGGAAUCCAUCAGUCUCAGUCGAGGAGUGGCCUCAGUCACCAGAAACUGUGAGAAUUAGUUCUUAUUACACUGCAGGCCACUAUGGAGCUGAUGGUUUUUUCACCACACAGGCUUCACCGGCAAACUCCUCAUUCAUUUCCUCUUAUGAUACACCAAGCUACCCACCACCAUCACCUCAAAAUUCACAGUGGGACUUCUUUUGGAACCCUUUCUCAUCACUGGAUACAUAUGGAUAUCCCUACAUGGGCGGUUUUGACCGGAUAACAAGUGAUGAUGAGAAUGCCGGUCUAAGGCAGGUAAGAGAGGAAGAAGGCAUUCCGGAAUUGGAGGAAGAAGAGGUGGAAGAGGAAGAAGGAGAAAAGGAAUAUAUGGAGGCAGAAAUACAGGAUGAGAAAUCUAAAGUUGACUCAAGACCUGCUGGAGUGACUCCUAAAAGUGAUGGUCCUCCAGAAGGCAAAAUCGCAUCUGAUGCCAUUCAUGAGGUGAAGGAACGACAGUCCAAGGGUGUCAAACAUGUUGAAGUACCAGAAACAUGCAAAGCUGUAGAACUUGAGGAGACAAGGGGGAAGGAUGUGGUAGGAAACAGAGCAGCUGCACAACAAGAAACCCCUGGUUUUACGGUAUAUCUAAAUCGAAGGCCAACGAGCAUAUCAGAGAUCAUGAAAGACAUUGAGAAGCAGUUUGUGAGGAUUUGUGAUUCUGCUCACGAGGUUUCGGUGAUGCUGGAAGCAAGCAGAGCUCAAUACAGUUCAAGUACAAGCAAACUUGCUGUUAGAACAUUGAAUCCAAUUGCCUUGUUUCCUUCUGCAUCAUCGCAUUCAUCAUCUUCUGGGUUCUUUCAUGCUUCUUCCAGCUCAAGAGAUGAUGGGUAUGACAGUAGCAGUGAUCAAUCAGAGGAAUCUUGUAUGAUAUCUGGAAGCCACCGGUCAACAUUGGAUAGGUUACAUGCAUGGGAGAAGAAAUUAUACGAGGAAGUGAAGGCUGGAGAGCGUACGAGAAUAGCAUAUGAGAAGAAAUACCUGCAACUAAGGAACCAGGACGUGAAUGGGGAGGAACCUUCGUCUGUUUAUAAGACAAGAGCAGCAAUAAGAGAUCUUCACACCCGGUUAGAGGUUUCUAUACAUUCAGUUGAGUCAGUGUCGAAAAGAAUUGAAACUUUAAGAGAUGAGGAGUUGCACCCACAGCUUAUGGAGUUGAUACGAGGGUUAGCGAGGAUGUGGACAAGGAUGGCGGAGUGCCAUCGGACACAGAAGCGCAUGAUAGACGAGGCCAAGCACAUCAUGGUCUCCUCCUCCUCUUCCGCCACCGCCGCCAACCCCUCGGAGGCGGCGAGAGCGGCCCGUUCCGCCGCCGUGCUCGAGGCGGAGCUCCAGAACUGGCGGUCCUGCCUGGAGGCCUGGAUCGCGGCCCAGCGGGCGUACGCCCGUGCCCUGGCCGGCUGGGUCCUCCGGUGCGACGGGAGCCGCAGCGCGGAGUGCCGGUCGCCGCUGUCCCCUCGGCGAUCGUCGGCGGGCGAGGGGGCGCCGCCCGCCUUCGGCGCGUGCGUGCAGUGGUCGCGGUUGCUGGAGUCGGUGAGCGAGGCGCAGGUGGUGGACGGCCUGGAUUUCUUCGCGGCGGGGAUGAGGUCGGUAAGUGGGGCGCUGCGGCGGAGCGGGGAGGCGGAGGAGGAGGGGGAGGGUGGGCCCUGGAUGACGCCGGAGAAGGUGGCGGAGGUCGCCGGUAGGGUGCUGUGCGCCGGGAUGUCCGUCGCCGUUAGCUCGUUAACGGAGUUCGCCGUUAGGUCGGCCGAGGGAUACGAGGCGUUGGUCAAGCGGUGCGGGGAGGGAACGUAAUUUUGUGCUGUUUCAGGGUUGGUUUUGUGUGGUGGUGAGCGUUGUAAUUGAUGAUACCGGUGCUGACAGGAGUACGUUGUGGUUGUUUUCCUCUUUUAACUUUUUUUUUUUUUAAUUUUUUUGAUUAGCUCUAUUUUUGGUAAGUGUUGAAGGUCAUGUUUGGAGAUUUUUUUUUUUUCAGUAAAAAUUUGGGAAUAUACUAACAGUAGCGGCAGUGGAAGAAUUUGUUAACGGUCAAGGAUGAAUGCUAGGCUUGUGGAGCUAGUCUGUGUUUGGAUUAA